AUAUAAUAAUUACUAUCAAAGAAAACAACAUGAAUGAAAUCUGUAAAAUGGAAAUAUGAAAAUUAAAACAACAACAAAGAAAAUAAAACAAAAUGUGUAAGGAAAUGUGAAAUUAAAUAACCGGAAGUGGUAAAUCAUUUUAUUUAGACAAAUUAUAAUUAGAUAUAAGCAUAUAUACAGGCAUAUAUAUGUAUAUAAAAACAACAAAUUAUAAUAAACACAUAUGUAUAUGUACAUACAUUAUUCUUCACCCGUUAGUAAAAUCGUUAAAAAAUUUAUUAUGCGUGAUAAAUGCGAAAAAUAACAGGAGCAACAACAACAACAAGAAUAAGAAAAUAUAAAAUCUAGUAAUAUAGAAAGGAAACUAUAGGAGAAAAUUGUAUAUGUAAAAAAGCAGAAUACGGUAAAAAAAUAAAAAGAACAAAACUAAAAAAAGAAACACAAAGGGGUGAAAAGAGAACGACAAAAAUAAAUCAUAAAUAAUAUUUUAAUAACGAAAAAAAAAAAAUGUCCAGUCAUUCUGGUACAAUUGGUAGAAAACGUGGUGAAUAUUAUUUCAAUGGAGAUCAAAUGCGUAGGCAGAGAUCUGCUGAAUGGCAUAGCCGUCAUGGAUAUAGUAGCAGUGAAGAAGAAUAUCAAAAUAAUGCUCCACCCGGAGCAUUUGAUACACAACUACUGGCAUCACUUCUGAUACAAAGUCAACAAUUAGCAAAUAUAGAUAGGUCUUAUCGUUCUAUCGACUGUGAUAACGAAGAAGUAACUGAAUCCUUAUUAACGGAUUAUCCUCAACAACAGCAACAACAACAACAACAGCAAUCCUCAUAUAAUCAAAAUAUAAUUAAUGGUUCACCAAUUAAUUCUGCCAAAUUAUCAACAAAUCCUAGAAAUCCAUUUAGCGUAAAAUAUGAUUUACAUGCAUCAAAUUCAAAUCAUUUAGAUGCAUUAGAUCGUUUAUCAUAUUCAGGUAGUUCAGCAUUACUUGAUAAAUUACAACAACAAAUAUCAGCACAAAAUGCUGAAUUAAGUCCAAUUAAUAAUGCAAUAACAUCAUCAUCAUAUUUAACAUCAAAUUUAUCAUCAUUAAAUUUAAAUCCUAGUAGUACAAGUGGUGGUAUUGGUGGUAGCGGUAAUAUUAAUAUUGGUGGUGGCUGUGGUACAAUUGGUGGUGGUGGUACUGUUAGAUCAAGUCGAUCAAAAAAUAAUCGUCUUAAUCGUAUUAGUGGUAUGACAUCAUCAAGUAGUGCAACAUCAUCAAAUAGUAAUCAAACACGUAGUGAAAGAGAACGUCAAAAAUUACAACAAAUACAAAAAGAAUUACAAAUUGCUGCCGCAGUUGCUGCUGCUAAAGAAACUGAAAUAAAUAAUUGUGAUAGUAGUUAUGGAGAUUCAAUAGAUAAAAAUAUAUUUGAACCACCGCCAGAACCAGCACCACCAGAAAUACCACCAAGAGCACAAUCAUUAUUAAUGUCAUUAAGAAAACGUUCAGAUUAUCAAUUAAAAUAUGAAGAUAAUGGGGACCAAAAACAUGAAGAAUUUAUUCCUACAAGUCAACAAAAGGAUUAUUUAAUGGCAGAUAAUUCACGUUCAAGUGAGUUUCCGCCCAAGUCAAUUACAUCAAGCGAUUCACAAAGUCAACAAGGGUAAGUAGCACGUGCUAAUAAUUGUUCAGGAUAAUUUAAAAGAAAAUUCUUAGUGCAAUGCGAAUAAUUAUGUGGAAAAAAAAAUCAUGUGCAAAUGGUUCAGUGGAUUCCAAUCUGAAAAUGAUUUCAUUGUCGGCAAAAUAAUAAAAGAAAUUAUUUAAAAAAAAAAUAAUUUGAUAAUAAUGAAAUAUUUAUUAAAAAUAAGAUUUUUGAAAGCAAACAAAUAAAUGAAUAAAUAAAUUAAGGAAUCAAAAAAUUUAAAGUUUAAAA